AUGGCCCCUCCACUUGUUACCAUCGAUGCUGCUGAACCCAUCGAGAAAAUUAUCGAAAUAAUUGAAAAAGAUGGCGGUGUCAUUAUCUCAAACUUUCUCUCCCCUGAUCUCUUGAAGGAAACUAUGGACGCUAUCGAGCCUCAUUUCAAGGGCCGCAAGAUCACGAUUCAAAAGCUACCCACGAUGAACUUGGUCCCGAGUUCUUUCCCGAGGGAUCUCAGCUCACUCCUAUCCAAAAUUCCCGUGCAGUUGACCAAGAUUGUCCGUCUUUCAGUAUGGAAAAGUAUAAUGGCGCAUUUCCUGAACGAUGAAUUCUCUUUCCAUACCGGCGAGACCCUGGUGCCACAAAAAAGCGGUUAUAUGCUCGCAUCAACUGCAACGCUCCGUUUGAUACCCGGAGCCAAACCUCAGCCAUUGCAUAGGGCCACUGCCGUCAUCCCUGGAAGUCACCUAUGGGGUGCAGACAGGGCACCAAAGAAAGAGGAAUGUACAUAUGCAGAAAUGGAACCCGGUUCAGCCUUGUUUACCCUUGGAUCUACCUACCAUGGAGCUGGCGAGAAUAAAUGCGAGCACACAGAUCCUGAGGCACUGCGAACGCUAAUUGCUGUAUUUGCACCAGACCAGGACGAAGUCUUGUCUACACCCAUUGAGAUCGCUCGUAAACUUCCUGAGGACGUUCUCAGACUUGCUGGAUAUUACAAAGCCGUCAGUGGCGUCGGAUACGUACAAGAUCAACACCCAAUUGAGAUGAUGGAUAUCUCCCAGUGA